AUGGACGUAGACUUAGAAAAUUGUGAAAAAACGCUUGAUUUUUUAAUUGAUGAAGUUGACGACGUUACUUUAUCACAGAUCUGUGCAGAUAUGGAAACGGAAUACCAUGUGUUUGAAGGCAUCCAAAAUCUAAGUUUUUCUGAAAACUUUAAUUUCGAUGAAAAUGAAGGCCUUGGAGAAAGCGGUUCAAAUUUAAUGGAGUUCGAUAUCGGGGAUUUAUCUUCUUUAAUGGAAACCGAAUGUGAAGUUAAGAAAGAACUGAAAGAGAGCACCAGGUUUGGGCCAGUCGUCAAUGAUGAUGAAUUGAAAUGCCUCGUUGAAAAUCAGGAAAACAAAAAUACUAAAAGUAAUACAAAAUGGGCCGUUAAAGUUUUCGAAAGUUGGCGCGAGCAGAGAGCGGGGGACAUUAUCGAGCUUCACUUAAUGGAUACGAAAUCGAUGAACCAUUGGCUAGAGCGUUUUAUUGUGGAAGCGCGGAAGAAAAACGGGAGUGAAUACCCUCCAAAAACGCUGUAUCUCAUUUUAUAUGGACUUUUGAGGCAUUUAAGACAAAAAGGUGUCUACGAUAAAAAUUUUCUAGACGAGAAAGAAAUAGCUUUUGUCGGACUACGAAAAGUUUUAGACGCAAAGAUGAAAUCACUCGUUGAUAGAGGCCUGGGGUGCGAGAUCCGGCAAGCUGACCCCAUAUGGCCCAAAGAUGAGGAGAAAUUGUGGCAAGAAAAUGUUUUUGGGAAAGAAAACAGUGAACAAUUACAACACACGAUGUUUUUUUAUUCAUGUAAAUUGUUCGGUUUGAGGGCCUGUGAUGAGCACCACAAACUGCAAUGCGAACAAUUUUCUAUUGGAAACGAUAUCCAUGGACAGUUUAUUCAAUUUGUUGGUAGAGCAUCAAAAACCUACAAAGGCGGAUUUGGGCAGAUGAAUUUACAGACAAAGAACCUGAAGCAUUACUGUGAGCCUGGUGAUCGGUGCUUAGCAGAGUAUUUCCAGAUCUAUCUUGAUGCGCUAGAUGGCGCGGGGCCAUUUUAUAGGCGUCCGCUUCCCGGAACCUCGGAAAAGCCUGUGCGUUACGGGACACAAGUCGUAGGAAUAAACAAACUGAAAACUUUCAUGAAGUCAAUUUCGAAAAAAGGAGGACUGGAAGGGAAUUAUACGAAUCACAGCGGGAAGAAAACCUGCGCUACUCAGUUGUAUAUAGGAGGUGUACCCGAGGCAGAAAUCAUGAAUGUUACUGGUCAUAGGUCAGAACAAGGCGUAAGAAAAUACAUGAAAAGCAACGUGGAAAUGAAGAAAAGCAUUUCUAAGAUCUUGGAUCCACCCAUGAAACAGGAAUCGCAGGAACCGUCUUCCGAACAGACUACUGGGGGUAAAAGAGCGCUGUCUCCAUGUACUACAAAUCGUUCCGAAGGUGACGCAAAAAAAUUGUGCAGUGAAAGUAAUCGUGCUCUGCGGGAUUUAACAAACACGGCAUCUGUGUUCCAAAAUUGCCAUUUCAACUUUUCAUUUGGAUCAAAUUAAAUGACUGCGUAAAUUAGUGCGUGUGGUAUUGCAUUGAAAGUUAAAAAAAAAU